AUGUUCUCGUUCACCUCGUCAAUACCUGUAAUACGACCCCAUGAACAGCCGUCUCGGAGCCCUGGCAGCUGGUCGAGUGACGAUGCAAGAGCUGAUAGAGCUUCAGAGUCCGGUGGGAAAGAUACAGAAUACAGUCCUAUUGUGCAUUGCAUCUUGGCGGGAGGCAUAGGCGGCGCCAUCGGUGAUUCUGUAAUGCACUCGCUCGACACAGUUAAAACACGACAGCAAGGCGCUCCCAACGCUGUGAAAUACAGACACAUGCUUUCAGCCUACAAAACGAUUUUCAUGGAAGAAGGGCUGCGCAAGGGCCUUUACGGAGGAUACAGUGCGGCAAUGAUAGGCUCUAUGCCCAGCGCAGCCAUUUUUUUCGGCACGUACGAGAUACUCAAACGCACCAUGAUCGACGACUGGGCCGUCAACGAGACCGUUACGCACCUCACAGCAGGCCUGGGCGGUGAUCUGGUUUCCAGCGUGGUUUAUGUGCCCAGUGAAGUGCUCAAAACGCGGCUACAACUGCAGGGCCGUUACGGAAAUCCGCAUUUCCACUCGGGCUACAACUAUGUCAACCUCAGACACGCAGCAGCUACCAUCGUGAAGGUUGCGGGCUGGCAGACGCUGUUUUUUGGAUACAAGGCAACGCUCAGCAGAGACCUGCCAUUCAGCGCGUUCCAAUUUGCAUUUUACGAAAAAUUCCGGCAAUGGGCCUUCGGGCUCGAACGGAAGUCACAAAACCAAGACCUUUCGGUCGUAAGCGAGCUAGUGACUGGUGCUGCUGCUGGUGGUCUUGCGGGCAUUUUGACCACUCCGAUGGACGUGAUCAAGACCCGUAUUCAAACUCAAAUGCCGUCGGGCCAAUCAGCCAAAGACCAGCAACUGGUUCGGAUUGAAAACUCGCUGUUGAAAGGUCUUGCGGCCGUCUACAGAUCUGAAGGUGCCUUGGGCUUUUUCAGUGGCGUGGGGCCCCGAUUUAUAUGGACAAGCGUCCAGAGCAGUAUUAUGCUGCUAUUGUACCAAAUCACACUUAAGUCGCUCGAUCGCUCCCCAUAG